CCGCAAACUCCAAAACCCUAACCAAGCAAGCCCACCUUUCAAGUCCCAAAACCCUCCCCAGACCCUUCCCGCCGCCGCACCCGCAUCCCGUCCGCCGCUACCGCCGCUACCGCCGCCGCCACCAUGGACGCCGAGACGUCGCGCCAGGUGCGCGUGCGCUUCGUCACGAAGCUGCCGCCUCCGCUCCGCGCGCCGCCCACCGCCAUCGCGGUCCCCGCCGAGCUCUCCCGCAUGGGCCUCUCCGAGAUCGUCAACAGCCUCCUCCUCUCCGCCGAGCCGGACCACCAGGCGCAGCCCUUCGACUUCAUCGUGGAUGGCGAGCUCGUGCGGAUGCCGCUCCAUCAGUUCCUGCUCGCCAAGGGCAUCUCGGCGGAGCGGGUGCUUGAGCUCGAGUACAUAAAAGCGGUGGCGCCGAGGAAGCAGGAGCCACCGUUGCCGCACGAUGACUGGGUUAGCGCGGUUGAUGGGUCGAACCCAAGCUUCAUAUUAACAGGUUGCUACGAUGGUCUUGCAAGAGUAUGGAAAGAUGCCGCUGUAUGUACUCAAGUUUUGGAGGGACACAGUGGUGCAAUUACUUCUGCCAGCUUCAUCAAUAAAGGAGUUGAAACUGAUGGCAGUUUGCAUGUCGUGACUGGCUCAAAGGAUAGGUCAUUGCGCCUGUUCAAGUUUGAUACUUCAGUCACCAUGGGCUCCUCGAAGCGAAUUGGAGCUUACAAAGUUCUUCCUGGUCAUACAUCAUCUGUUCAAAGUAUUGCUGUUGACCCUUCCAGAAAUAUGAUAUGUUCUGCUUCCUGGGAUACCACUAUUAAGCUAUGGGCAAUCGAAGGAUCUGAAGAAGAUGGUGACACCGUUUCUGUGAAAAAGAGAAGGAUGAACUCUGAUGCAUCUGGACAUGAAGAGUCUCAGUUAGAGGGUUCUGCAUCUUCAACACUUCUGGGACAUACACAAUGUGUUUCUUCUGUUGCUUGGCCUGAGCAGCGAACAAUAUAUUCGGCAUCUUGGGAUCAUUCUGUUCGGCAGUGGGAUGCUCAAACAGGGAGAGAAACAUGGAAUAUGUUUUGUGGGAAGGCCUUGAAUUGCUUGGACUGUGGUGGCGAGGGCUCUUCACUGAUUGCUGGUGGUGGUUCUGACCCUGUAUUGAGGGUAUGGGAUCCCCGCAAACCUGGAACGACAGCUCCUAUUUUUCAGUUCUCUUCACACUCAAGCUGGAUCUCCGCCUGCAAAUGGCAUCCUAGUUCCUGGUUUCAUUUGAUAUCAUCCUCGUUUGAUGGGAAAGUGAUGUUGUGGGAUCUAAGAACAGCUUGGCCUCUGGCUUCUGUGGACUCCCACAACGAUAAGGUUUUAUGCACCGAUUGGUGGAAAGGGGACAGCGUGAUAAGUGGUGGAGCUGAUUCCAAGCUGUGCAUCUCAUCUGGUGUUGAGAUAGCGUGAUGAAGAUUCCCUCCCAUAUGUUGUUCUUGUGCUAUCAAGCUAACAGCUGUUCAAUCCAGAUUAUAUUGGUUGACAAGACAGCCCUAAAAACCAAACCAUGCCAAUUAUGGUUGGAAGCAUCCUAUCCCUAUUGUCAGAUCAAGAUGUCAAAUGAAGUUGUCGCAUCCAAUAUAUGCCAGUGCUUGCGCAUAAGUAGAUCCAUGUUAGGGGUCACCAGAUUUUUGCAAUCAAGUUUUGUUUUGUGCUCCUUUGUCGAAACUCUAAAAAGCCAACACAUUAUAACAAUGCUGUGAUUCAUAAUUCCGAGAUAAUUGUUUUAGCUUGUUAUAAACUCCAGGCUGAUUUUUCUUUU